UCCGAACUUGGAAUCGCGCAUUUUGUAGUGUUAUCAUAUGUGAUAUUAGUUUUCUAAUUAGCGUCUUUACUGUUAAUAUAAGCACAUUAUGAUGAAACGAAAGAACACAAGUCGUAUAUUAGUUGAUUCUGACUCGUCUGACAGCGAAAGUGGUGCGGAUUUGGACGAGGAUCUGAAGAUUUUAUCUAAGAAGAGGAAACCAAAUCCUGAACCCUCGAAAAGUGACGAUUCUGUAUCUGGAACGUCAGAAAGUGAUGAUGAUUGGACAGUGAAUGGAAAAGGCGGCAAGAAAAAACAAAAGAAACGACAGAACAGAAAAUCCACUUCGCAAUCGGAGAGCAAAAAUGAAGAGUUUGCUGUCAGUGAUGGCGCUAGAAGCGACUCUGAGCCAGAGGAAGGCGAAGUGUCCGACUCCGAUGUCGGGACUGCCGAGUCGGCGUCAUCAGCGGAGGAGGAAUUUCACGAUGGAUACGACGAGAACCUGAUGGGAGAUGAUGAGGAUCGGGAGAGGUUGGAACAGAUGACGGAGAAGGAGAGGGAGCAGGAGCUGUUCAAUCGCAUAGAGAAGCGAGAAGUGCUCAAGACGAGGUUUGAAAUCGAGAAGAAGCUGCGGCAAGCGAAGAAGAAGGAGCAGAAGCGGAAGGUGAAGAAGAAGGAGCCGGAGAAGCCGAAGCCGCCUCCGGCAGCCGCCUCCUCCGUCACGCCGCUGCUGUCCCGCAGCACGGAGCGACGCAAGACCGUCGAGGAGAAUCGCAAACAGGACACGAAGCAGCAGGCCUUCCAGGCGCUGAAAGCUAAACGCGAGAAGAAGAAGGAGCAGGAAGCCGAGCAGCAGGCUAAGAAGGCUCCGCUGAAGGCCAGCGACAUAUACUCGGACGACGAGUCGUCGGCGAGUUCCUCGUCCUCGGAAGAGGAGGCGGAGAAGAAGAAAAGUGCGGUGGCCGAGACGUCGGGGUCCGAGUCGAAGGAGCGCUCGUCUGACAGUGACAGCGACAGCGACGACUCAUCAACGGAAGAAACCAGAAAGCCCAAGAAAACGGUUCCUGUCAGUUGCAAGGAAGAGCUGUUGCCAAUCAGAAUCUCACGGCACAAAAUCGAGAAAUGGUGCCACGCUCCUUUCUUUAACAAGAUUAUGCUGGGAGCCUAUGUACGAAUAGGCAUCGGUAACAACAAUGGAAGACCUGUGUACAGGAUUGCCGAGGUUGUUGAAGUUGUAGAGACAGCAAAGGUUUAUCAGCUCGGCUCUACACGGACGAAUAAAGGUUUGAAGUUAAGGCACGGCUCUCAGGAGAGGGUCUUCCGGCUCGAGUUUGUCUCGAACAGCGACUACACGGAGAACGAGUUCUUCAAGUGGAAGGAGGCGAUGACGCUCGCCGACCUCACGCUGCCGACGCUCAACGAGAUACACCAGAAGGAGAAGGACAUCCAGACAGCAUUCAACUUCAAGUUCACCGACAAGGAUAUCGAGCAGAUCGUGAAGGAGAAAGAUAGAUUCAGGAAGAACCCAUGUAAUUACGCAAUGCGCAAGGCUAAUCUACAGAAGGCCAAGCUGGCCAGUGUGGCUAACACUGGUACUGACAACCUGGCUGACAAUGUGGGCUUACUCCAUGCUAACAUUGUGGGCUUAGCAGCUGUGUUAAGCAAUGGCGACACAGCCUGGCCAGCUGUGCUCACACUGGCUGACAUGUGGCUAACAGCGGCGAGAGCGGCAACAGCCAAGGCUGACCUGAUCUCGGGCGCCCUGGAAGAGCGGGCCGAGGAGCUCGAUCGCAUUCGCACGGGCAACAUCUCUGCCAUCAGCUACAUCAACCAGCGAAACCGACAGCGCAACAUCCCUCCGAAGCUGAGAUACAUAGUGCAAGAGGUGCAGGAGAUGCGCAACGCGGGCGGCCAGGCGGACCGGCGUUCACGGGGCGGCGCAAGUGUCUGCCGACGAUGGUUACGAAGACGCGCGACAACGUCCCGACCGAGCAUCCCGGGGGGCGAAGCCUACUCGGCCGGGGCCGCCGCCAAUACCGACGAGCACAGACUGCAGCUGGAUAUGUUCACGAGUACUGGCGAGGGUAAGUCCAUUAGAAAAGGCGAUCCCCUGCCGGGCCCUUCACAGGAAGACCUGUUCUCUGCACACGAUUUUGAUAUCAAGAUAGAUCUUGAGGUCCCACCUAUAGCCACCACAUCCGCUGUGGCUGCCAAACCAUCCCCGGCCAUUAGGGAUACCGCACCCGGCCGCUCCCUCAACCUCGAAGCUUACAAGAAACGCAGAGGACUAAUAUGACUGCCUCAUGUAGUGCAUCAUCAGUGGUGGCACCACCUGUAUAUACCUGUAAUAUACUGCGCAAGCCUCGAUAACUUUGCAUGCAAUGAUUCGUCUAAAGCCAAAUGAAGAGCUAAUGACAUGAAACUGGUAAAAGUUAAGCUAAUUCAUGUUCCACCUUUUUUAUGAGCGCUGUACUGUGGUCGGAUUGUCCAACUUAGUGUGGACUAGUGUAUUUUUGAGUGGUAUCAAUCUAUGUUUAGAGGUCAGGCCGUGUUGUAAUGCUAUAAAAACAUUUUUACAUAUGAACAUAACCUCUCCCAUCUCGACAUUACGAUUGUGUUGAUGCCACUCAGUCACACAUUGAGCCCUUCUUAUAAAAGUUGUAAAUGUUCAUCAACAUGCAUUUUAUGUAAUGUAUAAUAUUUUGUAAAUGAUAGUCAGCUAUAUAUGUCAAGCACAUAGGUGCAUAAAAGAACAAACAACAAUAUAACAAGAGUCACAUGGACUGUAACUCUAAUCGCAUUUAUAUGUCAGUUUUAUUCAGGUGACACUUGGACACGUUUGUGAAGAAUUGUUACACUCGUCUCAUGGCAUAGGUUAUUUCCUUUGGAGGUUUGCCAUUAAAUGCCACAUAUUCAUUUAUUACAUUUGGUCUAAAAUUGUCUCUGCAGUUUGUGAAGACCGACUGUGGUAAGAACAUAUUUGGACAAAUUAUAAUGAAGUAUAUGGGAGUUUAGUUUAGAAGUAAUGCAAUGGUUGUCAUGUUUACCUGCUUGGAAAACUUACCAAAAUACCAUUGUAAUCCCAAAUAUUCUUCUUGAAUAUAACUCUAUAAUUUUUACUACCUGUUAGUUGCGAAUGUUGGGUUUUAAUGAUGUUUGUAAAGCUAUGGAGAAAUCCUAGAGCAAUUCCUGUUCUGGUAAAUUGUGAAAUUACGUAAACCUGCUCCAACUGCCGGGCAGGGUGCUGCGGGGAAUGGGGUGGGAAGGGAAAGGGGCUACUAGUAGUGAAUGUGGUUUAUGUUCAGAUGUUAUGUAUAGUAAUUAUUCAGUGGGAAAAUAAAACGUCCUUAUCACGUUGUUUAUAAAAACGAUCUUCAAUCGCCCUUUUACUGCGUGUAAGCAAGUUUUAUA